AUAAUCCUUCUCACGCUCCACCGGCCCCUGCCCGGGAUGAGAAAUCCAACGGCGGCCGGUGCCGUCAGCGAGUUGGCGGAGCUGGUCCUCCCGUGGCUGCCGCCGCCCGACCUUGCCGCCGCGGCUUCCGCCAGCCACGCCAUGCGAGCGGCCGCGUCUGCCGUCACCGCCGCCCGCGCCGCCGACUCGGCUCGCGGCCUGGAGGCCUUCCCUGCCCCCUUCGUCAACCCCAUCGACUCCCAGCCCUACUCCUACUUCAUCUACACGCCCUUCUCCCUCAUUCCUUCCGCGGCCUCCUUCGACGCCCAGCCGUGGGGCUGCGCAUGGUCCCGGACGCUGGGUCCCACCUGGCCCCGCCCCGACCUAGGCCUCCCCUUGGCCGGGUGCUCGUGCGCCCGGGGGGAGUGCGGCGGCGCGGGGUGCGCGUGCGCCGACGCGGAGGCCGAGGCGGCGGAUGCGUCGGGGGCGGGUAUGGCGAGCCUCAGCGAGUGCGGCGACGGGUGCGCGUGCGGGCCCUCGUGCGAGAACCGGCGGACGCAGCGCGGCGUCACGGUGCGGCUCCGCGUCGUGCGCCAACUGAAGAAAGGGUGGGCGCUGCACGCCGCCGAGGCCAUUCAUCGCGGCCAGUUCGUCUGCGAGUAUGCCGGCGAGUUCUUGACGACAGAAGAAGCCCGGAGGAGGCAUAGGCUGUAUGACGAGCUUGCCUCGGUUGGUAAGCUCUCUCCUGCACUCCUUGUCAUACGAGAGCACCUUCCUUCUGGGAGAGUAUGCAUGCGAGUUAACAUCGAUGCAACAAAAGUGGCAAACGUGGCUCGUUUCAUCAACCAUUCAUGUGAUGGAGGCAACCUGCGCCCUAUCUUAGUGAGGAGCUCCGGCUCGUUGCUCCCAAGGCUCUGCCUUUUUGCUGCCAGAGAUAUAGUGGACGGGGAAGAGCUCGCCUUCAGUUACGGGGAUGCUAAACCCAAUCCUAAGGGCUUACCGUGCUUCUGUGAAAGCUCGUGUUGCCCUGGUGUAUUACCUGCAGAAGAAACCUAAGUUCGUGUCAUCGGUUGUAAUUCCUUCCGGGCAAAUUUGGUUAUGCGCUGUUUGUAGUUGACAAGAAUGUUGGCUAGCUUCAGGAUGAGUUAUUAUUCCUUCAUUUCAUCGGUUGUAAUUCGUUCCUAACAAAUUUCAUGUAUAACUUUCAAUAUGACAUCAAUUGUAACUGCCGACUUUGUAACAAAUUGGAUAAUGUACUCUUUCUUAACA